AUGGCCGCCACUCUGCCCAACGUUUCCGCCGACCUGAUCUGGGAGGUCGUCCGCGCCCAGAAUGCGUUCCUGGUCAACCGCAACGACGCCGGCGGUCUCCAGCUCUCCCGCGACCCCCUUAACCUGGUCAACAAGCACUCCCGCAAGUACGCCGGUUUCGUCAACGACAAGGCCAUCGGCGUUGUCCCCAACGAGAAGGGUGGUGUCAAGGGCUACACCGAGGUCAUCUACGGCGGCAACAAGUCUUCCCGCAAGACCUACUCCGCCGUUGCCCGCCAGGCUGCCGCCGGCGGCUACCGUGGCGACCUCCGCGAGGCCGCUGUCCAGCGCGUCUCUGCCAUCCGCCGCUCCCAGCGCGCCGUCAAGGCCACCCCCGAGAAGAAGCCCCGCGGUGUCAAGGCCAAGGCCGCCGCCGCUGCCGAGGCUGAGGCAUAA